CUCGGGGCUUCGCGUCCCCCAGCACUGUCGGCCACGCGGUCCCGUGGCUGCUGAUGUGGUCAUUUUCUCAACCCAACACGCAGAUUUCUCAGGGGAAGAUAAAAUGAAUAAGAAGAAGCAGCAGCGGAACUCAGGGGACAGCCUCCAUCUCUCAAAGCCUUCUAAGAACCCACGGCUGAAAGACGCCCCUGGAAGCCCCCAGAGCUCCAUGCUGAUGCAGUCACACGACUCCGGAGAGUCAGAAGACAGCUCAGAACCUGCAGCAUCUGGAGAGCCAGGUGGGGAGGAACCAGGACCCACAGCUUCUAGCUGCCCUGUGGAAGACACAAGAGCUGCCUCUGACCUCCCAGGGUCACCGGAAGAGCUGCCCCCCCUGCCUCCUUCCCAGAACUCAGUCGGGAGGUUUGUCCCCCAGUUUGCCAAACCAAAGAAGACAAUAACAAGAAAAGUCAAGGCGUGGGAAGAGGUUCCAGAGAGCUGCACAGGAAGCCAAGAAACAUGGCCAGAGCUGGGUGCCCUCCAGGCAGGCAGCCAGCCACAGAAGGAGUCCCUGAGGUUCCCUUUCCACGACGCCAGGAGACCAGAAGACCAGACAUGGGUAGAUGGUACCUGCUCAAAGGAGAGGACCAUCUCAUCAGAUACUGGAAGCCUCGAGAACAAUGACUUUGAGAUGCAGAGGGCCAGGGUUCAAGACAGUAGUAGCCAGGAAAGGCACCUGUCAGAUGGUGAUGCUGAAGGGGGAGAGGCAGCCAGCAGAGCCCCACAGGAAGGAGGUGCCCAAGGAGGAGGAGCAGGGGCUCAGCAGUGUGGGGAACCCCUGGAAGGAGAAGGCAUGCUCUACAUUUCAGCAUCAGUUUCUGCCCCAGACCCCGCUGUGCCUGUCACCACACACAUGCUCAGUAGCACAGGCACAGUGCCACACGGCAGCAGCCCUGCAGAGGCCUCUCUUAGAGACAGUGUCAUCACAGACGUGAGCUUAGAUCCCUCUGUGCUGCAACAGAGGGUUCCAGAGGAGGCCGGGCUGCCAUGCUCUUUGGAUGGGCAGAGCCCUGGUGGAGGCUGCAAUGGGACUCUGCUGGGCUGUACACCUCUUGCUGAGGAGACCAGGCUGGAAGAAGGAUCCCCUGGUGACAUCCUGGCAAGCCCACCUGAGGCUGCAGUUCCUGGGGAACAAGAGCCCAUGGUGGAUGCUGGAGAUCCAGGCUGUAGAGAACAGGAAAUGAGUCCAGCUGUCAAGACCAAGGAUCCUGGCUCUGAUGGACAGUUACCAGGAGGGACGGGAAUGCUGCCUUCACAGGCACAGCCCAUGAACCAAAGGGUAGUGGGAUUGAGCAGCCUGAACUGCCAUCAAGACUUUGAAGGCCUCAGUCUGUCCCCUCAUACCUCCUCUCAGCUAGAGCAUAGCCAUGCAGCUAGUGAUCUUCCCCAGAGGACCAAGGCCUGUCCUAGCAGCCCAGGAAUUCCCAUAAUUCUGGCAGGACAGCAGCAGUCAGUUCCCAGUUCUAGAGAUCAGGCUACAUGGCCGGAGUCCUCAGCAAUGGAACUAGACUUUCUGCCCGACAGCCAGAUACAAGACGCCCUGGAUGCCCCCAACGUGGAGGUCCUACCUGAGCAGGGUCUUGUCCACCCACAGCUGCCCAGAUGUGGCCUUCCGUGCCUCUGAGCCAGCCAGUCAAGGUCACCUGUCAGCCUCACUUCCUGGGAAAAAGCAGCUGUCUGUUGCUGCACUUGAUCUGACAAAGGGCUGCACUGCCACACCCUGAGACUAGGCAGCUCUCUCCUACACAGGGUGUGGUACAGAGGCUGACGGAGGCCAGGCACCUGCCGAGAGGAGCCUGUGAUACACCGACCUCUGCUGGAGUGAGUCUAAAGCCGCUCUGCCUCGGAACGGAGCUUCGUCUCCAGCGGGCUAUGCGAGUGUCCUCCCAAAGAGCCAAGACUUACACUGACCAACAACCUCUCUGAGACACUUAGCUAGUCCAUUUUGCCACUUUGAGAGGCUUUUCUUAAGACACAACCCCUCAAUGCAAGCGAAGAAUUUUACCUAGUGCUCAAUCCAAGAAACAGGCAGCCGUGCUUCUAGGCCAUGGGUUCCAUCCUAGCACCAAAGAGAUGGGGAGAGCCUUCUCUUCCAUCCUUGUUGGGGAACUUGCUGGGCUAUACUUCUCAGGACACCAGGCCUGUGGCGUAGGCCAACAUGGCUUGUCUUAGCACUAUGAGAAGCUGGGGUUCCAUCCCACCCCUGUAAAGAAAACCUAUCAAGACCAAAGGUACCUGGCAUUCAGCUUGUCAGACAUCAGGAAGCGCCAGCCUGGGAGUGAUUAUCUCUGACACUGGGUAUUCCUCAGCAAACUGGGGUGACCCAGCCACUGAGCAUGUUCCCACUGUAAGGCCAGCAGCAGCCCAGCCAGGCUGUAAGGCAGGCUCUACCUCCCAACACAGGGACACCUAGGAUGAGGAAUGGGUCUCCUGCUGACCUCACAGCCAGUCACCUCACACCUGCAGCUCACCCUGCAGUGGCAGGCUCAGCCUUGUACAGUGCUCUCCUGCUAGGAAUGUGGGGUUUUUUCCUCACAGCUCCAAUGAUGGUCUGAAGCUGCCACAGCUGGCAUGGCUGAAUGGCGUGUGUGGGCCCUGGGCUCACCCCUAGUACUUGGGGAAAACAGAUCCUAGGUUCGGGGCAUUGGGCAUUGGCUGGUCAUAUUUGGCUGAGGCUUCCAGGACUUAAAGUGCCAUAGCCCCUUUUCUCAAAGGUAACACCCCACAGGCAUGCUGGGAGUGUGGUCCCUUUUAGGGGGAUUCUCUUCCACACAGCUCAGCAGUGUAGUAGGAUAACAAAUACAAACGUCAUAUUUCAUUUCAUUUUAGAUGGAGCUUGCAAGGUUGCCCUGGCUGGGCUAAAUGGCCCUCCCAGGUCUGUACCACCAGUCCAGCACUGUCCCUCAUGAAUCCCCAUGCCAACCUGUUUGCAAACUCUUUCCCUUGUAGGACACUCAUAACACCACCUCCUUUCUGCUGCUGCCGCUGGGUCCCUAGACUUUUUCUGCAGGCCACAUUGACCUCAACCCCUGCCCCCCUCCUCACCCCUCGAGUUCCAUGUGCUCCAGCUUCAGGGUCUUUUUUCUUCUUUUUAAAGGGGCCAGGAUAUCAGUUUCACAAUGACCACACUCACAUAGGGUAGCCUGAAACCCAAGAGCUGGACCCAAACUCACAAGCACCAAUCCUGCUCCAGCCCCCAAAUUUCUAGGAUUACAAGUAUGUACCACCAAGCCUGGCCAUGGUUUCUGGUUUUUCAAGA